AUGGCUGUUAAAAAUAAACCCGGAUCUUCAAAUUCAAAUCCAACGAACUUGAUAACAGGAACCACUGUUUUACCUAUUGCUCGCGUAAAACGCAUUAUUAAAGAAGAUGACGACGUAACGAUGUGCGCUGCUGACGCGACAUUCGUAAUAGCCGUUGCGGCGGAGCUUUUUAUAGGCCAUUUCGUAAAACAAGGUUUAGAACAAGCAAAUGCUGAAAGUAGAAACAAAGUUCUUUAUCAAGAUUUGGCCAACGCAGUGAAGGAUCACGAAUAUUUAGAGUUCUUGCAAGCCUUUAAAACAUAUAACGAUGCUAUGAAGCAAAACAAUUCCACUAGGACACUUGAUAAAACAAAUAGUGCUUAUAAUAGUGAAGAAUCAAGUGAUGAUAAUUGCGAAGGAAAUGGUACUAAUAUUGGUCGUCAUGAUAAUGAAGAGGGUCCAAGCAAUGACGAUCUAGAUAUGGUUUAUGAAAGUGGUCAAGAUAUGAGCGAAAUUGAUAAGCCCAAGCACAUUGCGAAAACCGUCCGACCUUCUACUACUAAAGAACUUGGACCUAUUCAAGCUAAACAGUUAGCAAUGAAACUUAUUUAA